AUGGCGGGAGGCGGGGGCGGAGGGAGAGCAAUCAGGGUGCUGAAUGUGGCGGAGAAGCCUUCGGUGGCAAAGACGGUAUCAGGAAUAUUGUCGAGAAACCAGGGGUUGAGAAUGCGAGAGGGGAGGUCAAGGUACAACAAAGUGUUCGAGUUCAAUUACACGAUUCAAGGGCAGCCUUGUCAAAUGCUGUUCACUUCCGUCACCGGACAUCUCAUGGAGAUAGAAUUCGAAGGCCGCUAUCGGAAGUGGCACGCUUGCGACCCCGUUGAUCUUUUCCAAGCACCUAUUCAGAAACAUGUCCCCGAGGACAAGUUAGACAUCAGAAAGACCUUGGAGGAGGAAGCCAGAAAAUGCCAGUGGCUUGUCUUGUGGCUUGAUUGUGAUCGAGAAGGAGAGAACAUUGCAUUUGAAGUUGUGGAAGUUUGCUCGAAUGUGAAUUCUCGUCUCAAUAUUUGGAGAGCUCGUUUCUCUUCAUUAAUCGAAAGGGAAAUCCACCAAGCUGCCCAGCAGCUUGUACGGCCUAAUCAAUUGUUUUCCGAUGCUGUAGAUGUUAGACAAGAAAUAGAUCUCCGAAUUGGUGCUUCCUUCACGAGGUUUCAGACCAUGCUACUGAAAGAUGCAUUUGUUUUUAAUUUUUCUACAGAUGGCAGAAACCUUGUUCUAAGCUAUGGUCCUUGUCAGUUUCCCACACUGGGAUUUGUUGUGGAACGAUAUUGGGAGAUACAAGCACAUGAACCUGAAGAAUUUUGGAAGAUCCAGUGUUCUCACACAACUGAUGAAGGCACUGCUACCUUUAAUUGGAUACGUGGGCAUCUGUUUGAUUACACCUGUGCAGUAUUACUUUAUGAGAUGUGUGUCCAAGAACCUGUUGCGACCGUGACAAAAGUAAGACAGCAGGAAAGACUGAAAUAUCCUCCACACCCUUUAAACACUAUUGAGCUAGAGAAACGAGCAUCACGUUAUUUCAGGAUGAGUUCCGAACAAACCAUGAAGAUUGCAGAAGACCUUUAUCAGUCUGGUUUCAUAAGCUAUCCACGUACAGAGACUGAUUCCUUUUCAGCAAGGACCGACUUGCAUAUACUUGUACAAGAGCAACAGGAGCAUCCUGUGUGGGGCCCAUAUGCCCAGCGACUCUUGGAUCCUUCUUCAGGACUCUGGAGGAACCCAAGUGGCGGUGGUCAUGAUGACAAAGCCCAUCCUCCCAUUCACCCAACAAAGUUUUCGCCUGGACAAUCUGGAUGGAGUGAGGAUCAUCGUAAGUUGUAUGAGCUGGUUGUUCGUCAUUAUUUGGCAUGUGUUUCUCAACCGGCUGUUGGAGCUGAAACUACAGUUGAAAUUGACAUUGCGGGUGAGAUGUUUUCAGCAUUAGGCAGGACGAUAGUUGCUAGAAAUUAUUUGGAAGUCUACCGAUUCGAUUCAUGGGGUGGAUCACUAAUCCCAAACUACACAUUUGGGCAGCAGUUCACUCCAACAUCAUUGACUCUUGACUCAGGGACUACUAGACCACCACCCCUCUUAAGUGAAGCUGAUCUUUUAGAUUGUAUGGACAAGGCAGGCAUUGGCACAGAUGCUACAAUGCACGAUCACAUCAAAAAGCUAACCGAUCGGUUUUAUGCUACUAAAGAGUCGUCACAUUUCAGGCCAACUAAUCUUGGCGAGGCAUUAGUUAUGGGAUAUGAUGAUAUGGGGUAUGAACUUUGGAAACCAUAUCUCCGCAGUAUGAUGGAGGAGGACAUGAAAGCAGUUAGUGUAGGCAACAAGAGAAAAGCUGAAGUUUUGGCAACUUGCUUACAACAGAUGAAGGCUUGUUUCUUGGAUGCCAGGUUAAAUAAAGUGAAACUUUUCCAAGCCUUGGAAAUUUUCUUUGACAGAACAAAUAGAACUGGUGGAGAUGAGCAACAUAAUAUUGGAGAGCUUGUGCGGCGAUGUGAUGUUUGCGAGGACUCAGAUUUGGUUCUUAGGAAGAAACCGGAUGGGAAGUUCAUGAUUGGCUGCAUGGCUUUUCCACAGUGUAGAAAUGCCAUCUGGCUUCCUGGAUCCAUAUCAGAAGCGGCUGUUACCACAACUGUUUGCAAUGUGUGCACUCCAGGACCCAUUUUCAAGAUUCAGUUUACAUUUCGCCGGCUGGAAAUACCACCAGACUUCAGUGUCCAUCAUUUAGGUUGUGUUGGUGGCUGUGAUGAUAUUAUGAGAGAGCUUAUGGAAAUAUCUGCUUCUGCACAUCGCAAUUUUUCAAGCGUACCAGCAAGAGGACGAGGAACCACUGCAUCUUCCAGGAAUAAUUCUCCAAAUAAUCAACCGCAGAGUACUUGCAGUUUCUGCCACCAGACUGGACAUUCUUCAAGUGAUUGUUACUCACUGACUUCUCAAUCCCGUAGUGCUCAAUCUCAGGGAGGGAACUCUCAUAAUGGCGAUUCAUUAAUUCCUUGCAGUACGUGUGGUUCACCCUGUCUUUUGAAAACUGCCAACACAGAAAAUAACAGGGGUCGGAAGUUCUACUCUUGUCAGACACAGGGCUGCAAAUUCUUUGUAUGUUGGGAGGAUAGCGUCCCCACUACAACCACCAGCAGGAGGGGUGAUCGUGGCCGAGGGGGUGGAGCAAAUGGCAGUGAUGUGAGAUUUGUAUCGGCCACAGGUGACCCUGUUUCUGGCAGAAGCUGCUUUAUUUGCGGCGAUCCAUCACAUUUUGCAAAUGUCUGCCCAAAUCGUGGCAUACGAAACUGA